AGAAUUAAUUACGGUAACGGAAUCGGCGGCGAGCUGGUUAGUAAUGGCGUCGGGCGUCUUAUCCACGGCUCUGGUGACUCUUCCCUCACUUCACAGCCGGAGAACUAAGCUUCAUUCCUCUUCACCGGUGAAGGUUAGAGUUAAUAACGGGAAGAUAAGGUGCAAAGCUGCGAGUGAAAGCUCGCAGGGUUCCUUCGAACGAACUGUCUAUCAAGGCGUUUACGGCCCCUGGACCGUCGAGCCUGAGGACGUCCGGGAGGUUAUUUUAUACAGAUCAGGUUUAGUGACAGCUGCAACGUCAUUUAUAGUUGGUUCUUCUGCUGCUUUUCUUGCUGGGGACUCUUCGUUGAGUGAGAUUAUUAAGCAAAAUCUUGAUGCGUUCUAUGUGCUUGGAGUUGGUGGGUUGGGCCUGUCAUUAUAUUUGAUUCACAUUUAUGUAACUGAGAUUAAACGCACCCUGCAAGCAUUAUGGGCACUUGGUGUUCUUGGUUCUUUGGUGACACAUAUAACCCUUGCUCAACCAGCUGGGAAUGGCCUAGUCCAGUAUGUUAUCACUAAUCCAACUGCUGUGUGGUUUGUUGGUCCACUUUUUGCUGCAUUAACAGGACUAGUCUUUAAAGAAGGCCUCUGCUAUGGAAAACUGGAAGCUGGUAUUCUUACAUUCAUUAUACCCUUGGUUCUUCUCGGACACCUGACUGGUUUAAUGGAUGACGGAGUGAAACUUACUUUAUUGGGUUCUUGGAUGGCUCUCUUUGUCAUUUUUUCUGGAAGGAAGUUUACACAGCCCAUUAAGGAUGACAUAGGUGACAAGUCUAUCUUCAUGUUCAAUUCUCUUCCAGAGGUUGAAAAGAAAGCUCUGAUUGCAAAACUUGAAGAACAAAAAUAUCGUGACAGUAUUAACUAAAGAGGAAACAGAGUCAAGUGGACUAUGCUGAAUUCAUCAGUUGGUUCCGUUAAUUGUAGCAGAGUAAGAGAUUUUGAGGUAGGUAAUUUUAUCAUUGUAAUCUAUAUAUCUAGCAUGUUUAGCAACUGGUAAUUUCCACCACACUAUUCUGCUUCUAGAUGGUUAAGGCCUCUACAUAUCCAUGGAGAAUACUUGUUGCUGUAAAUAAAUACGGUGUUAUCCUUUUUGUAAUUUUCUAAGCAGAAAGAAUUUUUUGAUUCCCUAAAAGCACUUUGACAUAAAGUUGAUUAUUAUAC